AUGCGCCAGCGGCGCUUCUGCUCCGGUUCGUGGGUUUUUCUCCGGUUCUGCUGGUUCUAAGGGCUCAAAGUGAGCAGAACCGGGUCGGUCCAGCUGAGAGGAAGGAGCGGAGGCCGAACAGCUGAUGGAGAUGAAGCGAUAGGAGCUAAAGGAGCGGCUGGAAGCAGCAGGAAGGAGGCAGGAACAUGGAUGCUGCCUCUGGGCUCCAUGUUCAGAUGGAAACUUCAGCGUUUCCUGCAGACGUUCAUCAGAUCCUGGUGGUUAAAGAAGAAGCUCCUGAGGAGGAGGGUCUGGAUGUGGACCAGCAGGAGGCGGAGGAGCCCCCCCACUUCAAGGAGGAACUGGACCGACUGCCCAACAUGAAGAAAGAGUCUGCAGCUCCCAUCAGGGACGACGAUGACAACGAUGAUGAUGAUGAUGAUGAUGAUGAUGAUGAGCAGAGGUCUCCGUUCUCACAGCUUCAUCAGCACCAAACAGAAGACGAAGAUCUUCCAACCAGCAGCUCAGCGGAUGGACUGAAGGAAGAAACUGAUGAAGACUGUGGAGGAGCUGAAUCCAGCAGGAACCUAAAGACUCCAAAUGAAGAUCCUGAGAAGAAGCUUCCUGGUUCAGACCAUCAGGACCUGGAGCUCCUCCACAUCAAGCAGGAGGAUGAGGAGGAGCAACCAUGGAGCAUUCUGGAGGGAGAGCUGCUCCCCAUGAAGGAGGAGACCCAUCCCACCAGGUUCCCACUGAAUGUGGUCCUGAUGAAGAGUGAGGAUGAGGAAGAGAAGCCUCUGUUCUCACAGCUUCAUCAGCAGCAACCAGAAGAACGAGAUCUUCCAACCAGCAGCUCAGCGGAUGGACUGAAGGAAGAAACCGAUGAAUCCAAACCCUUUGGCUGCGACAUCUGCGGACAAAGUUUUAACCUGAAGUCCUACCUUCACAUACACAUGAGGAUCCACACCGGGGAGAAACCGUUUGGCUGUGAUGUUUGCGGGCAGAGAUUUAACCAAAAAUCUAACUUAAACAAACACGCUAAAAUCCACACAGGGGGGAAACCCUAUGGCUGUGAUUUCUGUGGGCAAAGAUUUAACCUGAAGUCCUACCUGAGCAAACAUAUCCGCGUUCACACGGGGGAGAAACCGUUCAGAUGUUCUGUUUGUGAUCAAAGAUUUAACUUGAAGUCACAUUUAAACUUGCACCAGAUCCUGCAUUCAGGAGAGAAACCAUUUGGCUGUGACGUUUGUGGACAACGAUUGAUGCAGAAGUCCGCCUUGAACAAGCACAUGAAAAUCCACAUGCAGAUCAAAUCCUUUGACUGUGAUGUUUGUGGACGACGGUUCGUCCAGAAGUCGGCGCUGAAGAGACACCUGAGAAUCCACACAGGUGACAAACCGUUCAGCUGCGACGUCUGCGGCCAGAGAUUUAACCAAAAGGCUCAUCUGAACAAACACAUGACGACUCACAGCGGAGCCAAAGCGUUUGGCUGCGACGUCUGCGGCCAGAGAUUUAACUGCAAGUCACAUUUAGCCAAACACAGAAUCCUCCACACAGAUGGAGGAAGCGUUUAGAUGGAGAGGAUGUGUUUCACCUCUGGAGGGGUCAACGGCUUCCCUUCCUCAAACGGUUCGCAUGCAGUGAACGUCUCUCAGCUAUGAGGUCAUCGCUGCCGUUACGCUGCAUCCAGCCAACAUCGCAUUUUGCUGUAUAAAUCCGUCUCUACUGAAAUACCUGUUAUCAAAAGAAGGUUUUUCUACAUGUUGUGUUUGUUAAAUGUUUUUAUUUGUUGGUCAGUAAAAACUUUCCUCUGUCUGAAUGAACGUCAUUUGGAAUCC